AUGCUAAUGCAAAAAUGGCAAGCUCAACUAGAAGCUGCCAGUACUCUCAAGGACGAUGACAGCAUGGUCAGCGAUGGAAGCGUGAACAUGCAGAUCUACAAGUCAACCUCGAAGAUGGAUUCAUUGAAACACUGUUCUCAAUGGACCAAAGAUAACAAGAAACCUUUCAAGUCCAAUGGAAGUAAACACUGGGAUAUCAAUCUCGGUGUGCAUCUUGAUUCCGGAUCUACGUUCAGUCAAGGCAUGCCAAACGAUUUCAACAAGUUCCAUGGGGUCAUUGCUUGGAUGGAGGUUCUUGGGAGAAUCGUGUGCCUUGGCAACUGUCGGGUGCUCUGGCGUGGAAGCAAGUCGCUUCUUAAACUUGGACAGAGCUUUGGCUAUUGUUGGCUCUCGUUUUAG